AUGUGUCUCAAGACCGAAGCUUAUUACAUGGAAUGCAGCCACCGCUUCCCGCACUCCUUCAGCCACUGCACCAAGAUCAUCGAGGAGCGCACGACGAAGGGCUGGUGGCCAUUCUCGUUGAUGAACGCGGACCCGUACAAGGAGUGCGACGACCAUCGGUUAGAGAAGAAAAACAGCGAGGGGUUGUGUCCGACUUGCGACUGGGAGAUGAAAGAGAAGCUGAAGCAGGCAGCCAGCCGUCCAUCAAAGCCACAACAGUCUCUCUGCGCUACCUCCAACGCAACAGUCCGCCCUUCGCCACCUAAGAUGUGCACAAAGCUCAAAACCCACUUCUGGAAGUGCGGCCACCGAGUCCAAACAGGCAUCGAGGUGUGCAGCCCCUGGGCCGAGCGCUCGCAGAUCCUCGACGCCAACGGAAAAUGCCCGAAUGACUGCAUCUCGGUGGAGAAGUGUGAUGCGAAGUGUUGGGAUUGCAGUAUGGAGGUUGACAGGCCGACAUUUGAAGAGGCUCUCGACAAGCUGCGUUCAGACCUCCGGGGCCGGGCGGCAGGCGUGGGGAUGCAGGGAGUUUGA